AUGUCAGGAAUUGCUGGAAAAGAAGUUUUAGAUAAAUUAAAUCGUUUAGUACCAUUAAAUUUAGCCGAAAAAUGGGAUAAUGUUGGAUUAUUAGUAGAACCUUCAAAUACCAACUCUUUAAAAAUCGAAAAAAUCUUUUUAACAAACGAUUUAACAGAGCCAGUAUUACAAGAAGCAAUUGAUGGUAAAGCCAACUUUAUCAUUUCAUACCAUCCACCACUUUUCAAUCAAUUCAAGACUGUUAACCAAAAAUCAAUUCCACAAAGAAUUGCAAUCAAAGCAAUUGAAAAUAAAAUUCCAGUUUACUCACCACAUUCAGCAUUAGACUCAUGUACUGGUGGUUUAAAUGAUUGGAUUGCUCAAGCUCUCAUUCAAAUGGGUAAUGGUAAAGGUCAUGUUAGAUCAAUCACCCCAUUCAUGGAAAAUCCAACCACCUCACACAAAAUUACUUGUUAUUUAAACGACAGUCACUCAUCUCUUCCAACUGAUGCUUUCUCACAAUUAAAACUAAACUCUACAUUCCAAUAUGUCGAUAAUAAAAGAAUCGAAUUAUCAUGCAACCAAACACAAUUACCAGUUCUUUUAAGUUUAGUUCAAUCAUUAAACAAAGAAAUUUAUCAUUACGAUAUUUCAGUUUCAGAAAAAAUCCCAUCAAUGGCUAAAGGAGGUGGUAAAUUAGUCACAUUAGAAAAUGAAGUUGAUAUCGAUACAAUUAUCAGUGGUGUAAAGAAAUUAUUUAAAUUAGAACAUAUUAGAUUAGGUAGACCACUCGAUACCACUACAACCAAAAAAGUUAAAACCAUCUCAUUAUGUGCUGGCAGUGGUGGUUCAUUAAUCUUCAAUGAAAAGGCCGAUCUUUACUUAACAGGUGAAUUAACCCACCAUGUAAUUUUAGAUGCCUGUGCCAAAGGUAGCUACGUUAUCGUUUGUGAUCAUUCAAAUUCAGAAAGAGGUUAUCUUGAUGUCUUUAAAACAAAUUUAGAAAAACUUUUCGAUAACAAAAUCGAAAUUUUAAUUUCAAAACUUGACAAAGAUCCAUUAGAAAUUAUUUAA